AAAAGCGAGAUUUUUACAGCGCUGGUGGCGGAGAGCUCUGCGCAUGCGUCAACUUGCCAGUCCUGCACGAGUGACGUCAGAAGCAGCAUGGCGGCCAAGGUGCAGUCAACCAAAAGGGCCGACCCCAACGAGCUCAAGCUCAUCUUCCAAAAGUAUGCCAGCGUUGUGGAUAAGGAGGGCGAGCGCUUCAUGACCCCGAGUGACUUUGUGCAGAAGUAUCUGGGCCUCCACACACAGAUCCAUCACAACCCCAAAACUGUGCAGCUGCUCGCUGGAGUGGCAGACACCACCAAGGACGGGCUGAUUUCGUUCCAGGAGUUUCUGGCCUUUGAGUCUAUCCUCUGUGUGCCAGAUGCUCUUUUCAUCGUGGCCUUCCAGCUGUUCGAUAAAACCGGGACCGGAGACAUCUCCUUCGAAAAUGUGCGUGAUAUAUUCAGCCAGACGACGGUGCAUCACCACAUCCCGUUUAACUGGGACUGUGAGUUCAUCCGCCUUCACUUUGGCCACGACCGGACCAAACACCUCAGCUACCUGGAGUUCACCCAGUUCCUGCAGGAGCUGCAGUUGGAGCACGCCCGGCAGGCGUUUGCACAGAAGGACAAAGCCAAAACCGGGAUGAUCUCCGCUCUGGACUUCAGUGACAUCAUGUCCACCAUCAGACACCACAUGCUGACCACUUUCGUUGAGGAAAAUCUGGUCUCAGCAGCAGGUAGCGGGACGUCUCACAUGGUCAGCUUCUCCUACUUCAACGCCUUCAACUCGCUCCUCAACAACAUGGAACUGAUCCGCAAAAUCUACAGCACGCUCGCCGGCAGCCGCAAAGACACACUCGUCACUAAAGAGGAGUUUGUCCAUGCUGCAAACAAGUUUGGUCAGAUCACUCCUAUGGAGAUUGAUAUCCUGUAUCAGCUCGCUGGCCUCCACUCCCAAACUGGGCGUCUGAACCUGGCUGAUAUCGAUCGGAUAGCUCCUCUGGAGGAGGGCGCGUUGCCUUAUCACCUAGCGGAGGCGCAGAGACAGAUGCACGGCGAUACGUCUCGUCCCGUGUGGCUCCAAGUUGCCGAGUCGGCGUAUCGCUUCACUUUGGGCUCUAUUGCUGGAGCGACGGGAGCGACAGCGGUGUACCCUAUAGACCUGGUGAAGACGCGGAUGCAGAACCAGCGCUCCACCGGCUCCUUUGUAGGAGAGCUCAUGUACAAGAACAGCUUCGACUGCGCCAAGAAAGUCCUGCGUUACGAGGGCUUCUUCGGCUUCUACAGAGGUCUCGUUCCCCAGCUCAUUGGUGUGGCUCCAGAGAAAGCUAUCAAACUCACUAUGAACGACUUUGUGAGGGACAAAUUCUCUGACAGAGAUGGGUCGGUCCCUCUGCCUGCUGAGAUUCUGGCUGGUGGAUGUGCUGGUGCCUCUCAGGUGAUUUUCACCAAUCCCCUUGAGAUCGUGAAGAUCCGUCUCCAGGUCGCCGGUGAAAUCACCACGGGCCCCAGAGUGAGCGCGCUCAGCGUGAUCCGAGACCUCGGCUUCUUCGGUCUCUACAAGGGUGCAAAGGCUUGUUUCCUGCGUGAUAUUCCCUUUUCUGCAAUCUACUUCCCUGUGUACGCUCACACUAAAUCGUCGUUCGCUGAUGAGGAAGGAAGACUCGGCCCGCUGCAGCUGCUCACCGCCGGAGCCAUCGCAGGAGUCCCGGCUGCCUCACUGGUCACCCCGGCUGAUGUCAUCAAAACGCGACUGCAGGUGGCGGCUCGUGCAGGUCAGACCACCUACACCGGCGUUAUCGACUGCUUCCGCAAGAUCCUGAGAGAGGAGGGCUUCAGAGCUUUCUGGAAAGGAGCUGGAGCUCGUGUUUUCCGUUCAUCGCCUCAGUUCGCUGUGACCCUGUUGACCUACGAGCUCCUGCAGAGAUGGUUCUACGUCGACUUCGGUGGACACCGUCCGUCCGGUUCGGAGCCGACGCCGAAGUCCCGUAUCUCCGAGCUCCCCCCGGUGAACGCCGAGCACGUCGGAGGUUACCGGCUUGCCGCCGCCACGUUCGCCGGCGUCGAGAGCAAAUUCGGACUCCACCUGCCCAAAUUCAAAUCGUCCGGCGUGGUCAGCAUCCAGCCCGCUAAAGAGGCGGCGUCUUAAGCAGGCCACGCCCACUCCGGUCCCAUCGUCCAGCGGCUGUGUGCGUGUGUGUCCAUCAUCCAGCCUGCUUCGCUCCUGUUUUUAGUUUCAGUCUGUUGUCGUUGUCGUCGUCGUGGUGUGGUGGCGGGAGAUGGUGGGUUUUAUUUACCGAUAGGAGUUCAUCAGUGCCUCCUCUGUUUCGACUGAAUGGUUCAGUUAAUGCGUUAUAAUGAGCUGCGUGAGCUUUUUUUUUUUUUGUUUGUUUUUUUUUGUUUUGUUUUUUUGUUUUUUUUAAAUCUGGCUGUUUAAGCCAGGACGUUUUCCCCGUAAAUUACAGAGCAAACUCAGGUGACUUGGGACAGUUGUGUUUGCCAGAUUUUCUUGAAUUCCUUCUCACAUCUUAUUGAUGAAAAUGACUUCUGCGUAUAUACAGAUAUACUUCUACAUCGGUUACUGGUUGCUUUGGGAAGGUUUUCGAGAGAAUUGGAAGCUUUUAAACCAUCGAUUUUGAGAAAGUGAGUCCAGUCUGGCAACCCUGUCGAUCGUUUUUAAACGUAAGGUUAUGGUAUGAAUGUAAGGUAUGAAUGUAAACCUGUGACGCGUCCUCGAUCGCCGGCUGAUAAAUCAGCAGUGUAGUUCUUCCGAAUAAUAAAAUCCAGUCUAAUUAAAAGAUUGAAAUGACACUUUUUUUUUUUUUUUUUGCGUCAACUAAUUGGACCUCAACACUGCAGUGCUUUUUCCUGUCAGCUUCUUCUCGCUGUGUUACAUUCCUUACCUGCUACUGUUACAAUAAAUAUACCUCCUCUUACUAAAUACGAGACCAAUAGAGCACCGCGCUGGCUGUUACUGAUCGAAUACUAUUUUAGUAUAGGAGUAUAGGAGACGUUUGGAAAGGGUACACGAGGACGUAUGUUUGUUAUUUUUUUUCCUAGCUAAUAAUGAGCCUAAGAUGCAACUAAUGUUCUCACUAAGUGAUGUGACUUUGCACAAAAAAAAAAAUCACUCCAUCACUUUCUUUUAGGGCACAAAUAAACCAAACACAGCAGUGGACCAGAUCAGAAAAUCUACUCGAACGCCGAUUUCAGUCUAAAGGUCUAAUAAUGCAGGUUGAUGGUUACGCCACAUCAGCGUGGCGCUAAAUUUAAAGACGUAGCUUGGACCCGAAUGUGAAUGUCAAUCAGCCACGAUGUAUUCAGCGUGUCACGUUUGUGCGUCUGAUGUAGAUGAUAAGUAGAUAGCGGACAUCCGUCUCACCCCGAAAUCUGCCCAAGUCGUCCUGGAGUUGCUUGGGAUGAUAUUGUUUAGCUUAAAGUUGAACGAUAUUAUUCUGUGCAGAACUUCCGCAUGUCCACUACGAUGCCUGAAAGGGGAAACUGGUGUACAUUUUAUUAUUAUUAUUUUAUUUUAUUUUUUUCCGACAGAACCCCGUCCUUAAAUUCUUAAAUGUAACUGAACGAAUUGAGCCACGUUGACAGGCAGCUAUCAUGUACAGCUCUAACGACAUUUCACGCCGUCGCCGUGCACCGUUCUUCUUCACGAUCCUGUUAGGAAUCAUUUCACAGCCUUAGCGUUUCAGUAUCACUAAAGUGACGAUUCAAAUCUUACAAUUACGCACAAAUAAAACUAGUUUUAUGAUCGCGUUUCUUCUCCUGUCCCACUUGACCUGAGGUUCCCGUGCUCGUGUGUAUAUGCUGCAUCUAAUCCUCUCUCUCUCAUUAUUAUUAUUGUUAUUAUUUUGCUGGCGUUUAGGAAGCUGCUCCUCCUCCUCGUCCUCCUCCUCCUCCUGUGUUACUAAAGCAUGCUCUCUGUAGAGCCCCGCCUCUUCCUGUCCGCACCCUUCCCCCCUCCCCCCCCCUUCCCCCCCAAUAAUGCUUUGCGUAGCUUGCACAGGCCCUGUACAUAGUUGUACAUCUCUUUUGCACAGAGGAGCGCGGUGCAGUCGUCUUCAUCUCGGCCUCACACUGACGCGUGUACAGAGGUUCCCCAACUCCUCUCACUGAUCAAAAUCAGACGAGAGGCACAAAAAAAAAAAAAAAAAAAUUACAUCAAAUAUAAGACGGAAUAAUCGACCUGAUAAUGUGUAGGAGAUAAUUUAAAUGCAUUUCAUUCUUGUAUUGUAUUUUAUGGAAAUAAAUCAUGAACGGUUAAAAUUUUA